UCCCUGGGAGCCAGUGAGUGACUCGGCUUCUCCUCCUCCUCCUCCUCCUCCCCGCUGCCGCCGCCGCCGCCACAGGCUCAUUUGCAUUGAUCAGCCGCCCCGGAUCCCAGACCGGCCCCUGCCUCUCCCCCCCCUCCCCUUCUCUUCCCAUUCCUUCCCGCCCCCUCCCUCCCCUCCCCCCCGGUGACCCCCGCCCCGGCCCCCAUCAAUCAUCAAUCAGCAGCACCGAGCGGAUCAAUCAAUGGUCGGGAGGAGGCGGCGGCGGCGGCUGCUGCUGUUAAUGAACAAUGUGUGAGAGCUGCGCCGAGCUGCUGGAGGUGUUAAAUGAGAUAUCAGACAUUGAAGGUGGUGAUGCAUUGCAGCUCAGAAAGGAACAUGCCCUCAAGAUAUUUGCUUACAUCAAUUCCUGGACUCAAAGACAAUGUUUGUGCUGUUUCAAGGAGUAUAAACACCUGGAGAUCUUUAACCAAGUAGUUUGUGCCCUCAUUAACUUAGUGAUUGCCCAAGUUCAAGCUCUGCGGGACCAGCUCUGUAAACAUUGCACUAUCAGCAUCGACUCCACAUGGCAAGAGCAGAGUAACCACGAGGAGCCCCUGAAUGUAGAGAGAGAGUCUCACCAAGAGGAAAAUGGAGAGAGACAAAAAUCUAUAGAGAAAAAAUUCGAUUCUGCAAGAACUUGUAUCCUGCCCGAGGAGGAGCCCGCCAAGAACACGGAUGCUUUUGGCUUGUGGAGCACUGAUGAGAAGGAGAAGUUGCUGCUGUGUGUGGCCAAGAUCUUUCAGAUUCAGUUUCCUCUCUACACAGCUUAUAAACAUAAUACCCAUCCCACAAUAGAGGAUAUUUCAGCUCAAGAAAGCAAUAUAUUAGGGGCGUUCUGUGAUAUGAACGAUGUAGAAGUCCCCUUGCACUUGCUUCGUUAUGUUUGUCUGUUCUGUGGCAAAAAUGGCCUUUCCCUCAUGAAGGAUUGUUUCGAGUACGGGAGCCCCGAGACGCUGCCCUUCCUCAUAGCACAUGCCUUCAUCACAGUGGUAUCCAAUAUCAGAAUAUGGCUACACAUCCCUGCUGUCAUGCAGCACAUUAUACCCUUUAGGACUUAUGUUAUCAGGUAUUUAUGUAAACUGUCAGACCAGGAGCUACGACAGAGUGCAGCCAGGAACAUGGCAGAUCUCAUGUGGAGCACAGUGAAAGAACCCUUGGACACAGCCUUGUGUUUUGAUAAAGAAAGUCUUGAUCUUGCCUUUAAAUACUUUAUGUCUCCAACUCUAACAAUGAGAUUGGCUGGGCUGAGUCAAAUAACAAACCAACUUCAUACCUUCAAUGAUGUGUGUAAUAAUGAGUCAUUAGUUUCAGACACAGAAACGUCCAUUGCAAAAGAACUUGCAGACUGGCUGAUCAGCAACAAUGUAGUUGAGCACAUUUUUGGACCAAAUUUACAUAUUGAGAUCAUCAAACAGUGCCAAGUGAUUCUGAAUUUUCUUGCAGCUGAAGGCAGACUUAGUACUCAACAUAUAGACUGUAUUUGGGCUGCAGCACAGCUGAAGCACUGCAGUCGUUACAUCCACGACUUGUUUCCUUCUUUGAUCAAAAACUUGGACCCUGUCCCACUUAGACACCUCCUGAACCUUGUCUCAACUCUUCAUCCCAGUGCCCACACUGAACAGACCUUGUAUUUGGCAUCCAUGCUGAUCAAAGCCCUGUGGAAUAACGCCCUGGCAGCCAAGGCUCAGCUGUCAAAACAAAGCUCCUUUGCAUCUUUACUGAGCACCAACCUGCCCAUGGGAAACAAAAAAGAAGAAGAGGAGCUCAGAAGAGCAGCCCCUUCACCUUGGUCACCAGCAGCCAGCCCUCAGAGCAGUGACAACAGUGACACCCACCAGAGUGGAGGCAGCGACAUCGAGAUGGAGGAGCAGCUCAUUAACAGAACAAAACACGUCCAGCAGCGGCUUUCGGAUACUGAGGAGUCCAUGCAAGGGAGCUCUGAUGAGACCGCCAACAGUGGGGAGGAUGGCAGCAGUGGGCCUGGCAGCAGCAGUGGCCACAGCGACGGCUCCAGCAACGAGGCCAACUCCAGCCACGCCAGCCAGUCCGCCGGGAGCCCCGGGAGCGAGGUGCAGUCCGAGGACAUCGCGGAUAUCGAGGCCCUCAAAGAGGAGGAGGACGAAGAGGAGGAAGAUCGGAGUCACAACCCCCAGAAAAGCAGCAGGAGCGCGGAUCUACGGAGCAGGAAACUGGAAUCCCAGGCGGGCAUUUGUCUGGGAGACGCGCAGGGGGCAGCGGAGAGGAGCGGAGCCAACAACGGGGCGGGGAAGGAGCACGUGUUCAACGCGGACGCGGUGCCGCCCGUGGACAAUCGGAUCCGGAUGCUGGACGCCUGUUCCCACGCGGAGGAUGCAGAGCACGACAUGGCGGGGGAAAUGAGCACUGCUCACAUCUCCCAGGGCUCUCAGGACUCCUGUAUCACUCACACAGGGGACUUCCUGGGGGAAACCAUUGGAAACGAGUUGUUCAACUGUCGGCAGUUCAUCGGGCCCCAGCACCACCACCACCAUCACCACCACCACCACCACCACGAUGGGCAUAUGGUUGAUGAUAUGCUCAGUGCAGAUGAUGUCAGCUGUAGUAGCUCUCAAGUCAGUGCAAAAUCCGAGAAAAAUAUGGCAGAUUUUGAUGGGGAAGAGUCUGGCUGUGAGGAAGAGCUUGUACAGAUUAAUUCACACGCUGAGCUCACGUCUCAUCUUCAGCAGCACCUCCCUAACCUGGCCUCCAUCUAUCAUGAACAUCUUAGUCAAGGACCAGCAGUUCAUAAACAUCAAUAUAACAGCAAUGCAGUGACUGACAUUAAUCUGGAUAACGUUUGUAAGAAAGGAAAUACCCUUUUAUGGGAUCUGGUCCAGGAUGAAGAUGCAAUUCAUCUCUCUGAAGGGUUAAUAAAUGAGGCAGAGAAGCUGCUCUGUUCCUUAGUGUGCUGGUUCACUGACAGACAGAUUCGAAUGAGGUUCAUUGAAGGCUGCUUAGAAAAUUUAGCAAACAACAGAUCAGUAGUGGUUUCACUUCGUCUCCUUCCAAAGCUCUUUGGUACUUUUCAACAAUUUGGGAGCAGCUACGACACCCACUGGAUCACAAUGUGGGCAGAAAAGGAACUGAAUAUGAUGAAACUUUUCUUUGAUAACCUGGUACACUACAUUCAGGCGGUGAGGGAAGGGCGGCACAAACACGCACUAUACAGCCACAGCGCAGAGGUUCAGGUUCGUCUCCAGUUCCUGACGUGUGUGUUUUCAACUCUGGGAUCACCAGAUCAUUUCCGGUUGAGUUUAGAACAAGUGGACAUCCUGUGGCACUGCUUGGUGGAAGAUUCGGAAUGUUACGACGAUGCACUACACUGGUUCUUGAACCAAGUCCGGAGUAAAGACCAGCAUGCCAUGGGCAUGGAGACUUACAAGCAUCUUUUUUUGGAAAAGAUGCCACAACUGAAGCCUGAAACUAUAAGUAUGACUGGCCUCAACCUCUUCCAGCAUCUGUGUAACUUGGCUCGGUUGGCUACGAGUGCAUAUGAUGGGGGCUCAAACUCUGAGCAGUUGUGUGGCAUGGACCAGUUCUGGGGCAUUGCUCUGAGGGCCCAGUCAGGGGAUGUCAGCAGAGCAGCCAUCCAGUACAUCAACUCUUAUUAUAUCAACGGUAAAACUGGUCUGGAGAAGGAACAGGAAUUUAUUAGCAAGUGUAUGGAGAGUCUGAUGAUUGCUUCGAGUAACCUGGAGCAAGACCCUCAUUCGAGUCUGACCAUUAUUGAAAGAGGGCUCUUAAUGCUGAAGACACACCUGGAGGCUUUUAGGAGGAGGUUUGCAUAUCACCUGAGGCAGUGGCAGAUUGAAGGCACUGGGAUCAGCAGUCACCUGAAAGCCCUGAGUGACAAACAGUCCCUCCCUCUGAGGAUUGUGUGUCAGCCAGCGGGGCUUCCCGACAAGAUGACAAUAGAAAUGUAUCCCAGUGAUCAGGUGGCUGAUCUGAGAGCUGAGGUGACACACUGGUAUGAAAACCUGCAGAAGGAGCAGAUCAAUCAGCAGGCUCAGCUCCAGGAAUUCGGCCAGAGCUCCCGCAAAGGGGAAUUCCCUGGUGGCCUCAUGGGACCUGUGAGAAUGAUUUCAUCUGGGCACGAGCUGACAACUGACUACGAUGAAAAAACGCUUCAUGAAUUGGGGUUUAAGGACAUGCAGAUGGUGUUUGUAUCCCUGGGUGCCCCCAGGAGAGAACGGAAAGGUGAAGGUGUUCAGCUCCCGGCGUCCUGCCUCCCUCCCCCUCAGAAGGACAACAUUCCAAUGCUUUUGCUCCUGCAAGAACCUCAUCUCACCACCCUUUUUGAUUUGUUAGAGAUGCUUGCCUCUUUUAAGCCUCCUUCUGGAGAAGUGGCUAUGGAAGAUAGUGAGAGUGCAAGGUGUGAAGAGCUCCAUCUCCACGCUGAAAACUUAUCCAGGCGUGUCUGGGAACUGUUAAUGCUCCUACCAACGUGCCCUAAUAUGUUGCAGGCAUUCCAGAACAUUUCAGAUGAGCAGGGUAAUGAUGGCUUUAGCUGGAAGGAUCUUUUGAGGAUAAAAAGUGCCCAUAAACUUCUAUAUGCCCUGGAAAUCAUUGAAGCUUUGGGAAAGCCCAACAGGAGAAUAAGACGUGAAUCUACAGGAAGUUACAGUGAUCUUUACCCAGACUCAGAUGAUUCAAGUGAAGAUCAAAUAGAAAAUAGUAAAAACACGUGGAGCUGCAAGUUUGUUGCUGCUGGAGGGCUCCAACAGUUACUGGAAAUUUUCAAUUCUGGAAUCUUAGAGCCUAAAGAACAGGAAUCAUGGACUGUGUGGCAGCUGGACUGCCUUGCCUGCUUGCUGAAGCUCAUCUGCCAGUUUGCAGUGGAUCCUUCAGACCUGGACUUGGCUUACCAUGAUGUGUUUGCCUGGUCUGGGGUGGCAGAGAGUCACAGGAAGAGAACGUGGCCGGGCAAGUCCAGGAAGACCACGAGUGACCACGUGAAGGGCCUUCACAUCCCUCGUCUGACAGAGGUGUUUCUUGUACUUGUCCAGGGAACCAGUUUGAUUCAGCGACUGAUGUCAGUUGCUUAUACAUAUGACAACUUGGCACCUAGGGUGUUGAAAGCUCAGUCUGAUCACAGAUCAAGGCAUGAAGUCACUCAUUAUUCCAUGUGGCUCCUGGUGAGCUGGGCCCACUGCUGUUCCCUGGUGAAAUCCAGUCUGGCUGACAGUGACCACUUGCAGGACUGGCUCAAGAAACUCACCCUUCUCAUCCCAGAGACUGCAGUUCGCCACGAGUCCUGCAAUGGGUUGUACAAGUUGUCUCUGUCUGGGCUGGAUGGGGGAGACUCCAUCAAUAGGUCCUUUCUCCUCCUGGCUGCAUCAACACUGUUAAAAUUUCUCCCUGAUGCUCAAGCUCUGAAACCAAUUAGGAUAGAGGAUUAUGAGGAAGAAACAGUGCUGAGACCAGGCUGUAAGGAAUAUUUCUGGCUGCUGUGCAAACUGAUUGAUAACAUCCAUGUCAAAGAUGCAAGUCAGACAACACUACUGGAUUUAGAUGCACUAGCGAGACACCUUGCUGACUGCAUUCGGAGCAGAGAAAUCCUUGACCAUCAGGAUGGGAACAUAGAAGACGAUGGGCUCACGGGGCUGCUCCGUCUUGCAACGAGUGUUAUUAAGCACAAACCACCCUUUAAAUUUUCUCGGGAAGGCCAGGAGUUCCUGAGGGACAUCUUCAAUCUGCUGUUCCUGCUGCCCAGCCUGAAGGACAGGCAGCAGCCCAAGUGCAAAUCCCACUCCUCCAGGGCUGCUGCCUAUGACCUGCUGGUGGAAAUGGUGAAGGGCUCCGUGGAGAACUACAGGCUGCUCCACAACUGGGUCAUGGCCCAGCACAUGCAGUCUUCCCAUGCCCCCUACAAAUGGGAUUAUUGGCCACACGAUGACGUUCGUGCCGAGUGUCGGUUUGUGGGUUUAACUAAUCUUGGAGCAACGUGUUACUUGGCCUCCACCAUCCAGCAGCUCUACAUGAUUCCAGAGGCCAGACAAGCAAUUUUCACUGCAAAGUAUUCAGAAGAUAUGAAACACAAGACCACUCUCCUAGAACUCCAGAAAAUGUUUACAUACUUAAUGGAAAGUGAAUGUAAGGCAUACAACCCAAGACCUUUCUGUAAAACCUAUACCAUGGAUAAGCAGCCCCUGAACACUGGGGAGCAGAAGGAUAUGACUGAAUUCUUCACUGACCUGAUCACAAAAAUAGAAGAAAUGUCUCCAGAACUGAAUUUAUUAAUUCAUUCACAGAAAAAUACAGUGAAAAGUUUGUUUGGAGGUGUUAUCACAAACAAUGUUGUUUCUUUGGACUGUGAGCAUGUCAGUCAGACAGCUGAGGAGUUCUACACUGUAAGGUGCCAGGUGGCAGAUAUGAAGAAUAUUUAUGAAUCUCUUGAUGAAGUAACUAUUAAGGAUACUUUGGAAGGUGACAACAUGUACACGUGUUCUCACUGUGGCAAGAAAGUGAGGGCUGAAAAAAGGGCAUGUUUUAAGAAACUACCUCGUAUCUUAAGCUUCAACACCAUGAGAUACACAUUUAAUAUGGUGACCAUGAUGAAGGAGAAAGUCAACACACACUUUUCAUUCCCUUUACGUUUGGAUAUGACUCCUUACACUGAAGAUUUCCUCAUGGGAAAAAAUGACAGGAAGGAAGGUUUUAAGGAAGAUGGUGGAUAUUUGAAAGAAACUGAAAGUUAUGAAUAUGAUCUGAUUGGUGUCACAGUUCACACGGGAACAGCAGAUGGGGGGCACUACUACAGCUUUAUCAGGGAUAUAGUCAAUCCCCAUGCCUACAAAAACAACAAAUGGUACCUUUUCAAUGAUGCUGAAGUCAAACCCUUUGAUUCUGCCCAGCUUGCUUCAGAGUGUUUUGGUGGAGAAAUGACCACAAAAACUUACGAUUCAGUUACUGAUAAAUUUAUGGACUUCUCCUUUGAAAAGACACACAGUGCUUACAUGCUGUUUUAUAAACGGAUGGAGCCGGAGGAGGAAAAUGGCAGAGACUACAAAUUUGAUGUUUCAUCAGAAUUGCUGGAGUGGAUAUGGCAUGAUAACAUGCAGUUUCUUCAAGACAAGAACAUUUUUGAGCAUACAUAUUUUGGGUUUAUGUGGCAGUUGUGUAGUAGCAUCCCAAGCACACUACCAGAUCCAAAAGCGGUUUCUCUGAUGACAGCAAAGUUAAGCACUUCCUUUGUACUAGAGACAUUUAUUCAUUCAAAGGAAAAGCCCACAAUGCUUCAGUGGAUUGAACUGUUAACAAAACAGUUUAAUAACAGUCAGGCAGCUUGUGAAGUAAGUGACUUAGGAACUCAGCAAAGUACAAACCAACUUUCUAUAUAUUGUUUAACUUUCCUGGAGUGGUUUUUGGAUCGUAUGGCUGAUGAUGAUUGGUGGCCAAUGCAGAUUCUAAUAAAGUGUCCCAAUCAGAUUGUGAGGCAGAUGUUCCAGCGUUUGUGUAUCCACGUGAUCCAGAGGCUGAGGCCAGUCCAUGCACACCUUUAUCUCCAGCCAGGAAUGGAAGACUGUUCCGAUGACAUGGACGGCCCCGUGGAGGACAUCGGCAGCCGCUCGUGCGUCACGCGCUUCGUGAAGACCCUCCUGUCCAUCAUGGAACACGGGGUGAAGCCCCACAGCAAACACCUCACGGAAUAUUUUGCCUUCCUUUAUGAAUUUGCCAAAAUGGGGGAAGAGGAAAGCCAGUUCCUGCUUUCACUCCAAGCCAUAUCCACAAUGGUCCAUUUCUACAUGGGAACUAAAGGACCUGAAAAUCCACAGGUUGAAGUACUUUCUGAGGAAGAAGGGGAGGAAGAGGAGGAAGAGGAAGAUAUACUUUCUUUGGCAGAAGAGAAAUACAGGCCUGCUGCACUUGAGAAGAUGAUUGCCCUGAUUGCUCUCCUGGUUGAACAGUCUCGCUCAGAAAGGCAUUUGACUUUGUCCCAAAAUGACAUGGCAGCAUUGACAGGGGGAAAGGGCUUUCCUUUUUUAUUCCAACAUAUCCGUGAUGGGAUCAACAUCAGGCAAACCUGCAACCUCAUUUUCAGUCUGUGCCGGUACAACAAUCGACUUGCAGAACAUAUUGUGUCCAUGCUGUUCACAUCUAUAGCAAAGUUGACUCCUGAGGCAGCCAAUCCUUUCUUCAAAUUGCUGACCAUGCUCAUGGAAUUUGCUGGUGGACCUCCAGGAAUGCCACCCUUUGCUUCUUACAUUCUGCAGAGGAUAUGGGAGGUCAUUGAGUACAACCCCUCUCAGUGCCUGGACUGGCUGGCUGUGCAAACCCCCCGCAACAAACUCGCCCACAGCUGGGUCCUGCAAAACAUGGAAAACUGGGUGGAACGUUUUCUCCUGGCACACAACUACCCCCGAGUGAGAACCUCUGCAGCCUAUCUCUUGGUGUCGCUUAUUCCAAGCAAUUCCUUCCGUCAGAUGUUCCGAUCGACCCGCUCUUUGCACAUCCCCACCCGUGACCUGCCCCUCAGCCCCGACACCACGGUGGUCCUUCACCAAGUCUACAACGUGCUGCUCGGCCUUCUCUCACGAGCCAAACUCUAUGUUGAUGCUGCUGUCCACGGCACCACAAAGCUGGUGCCCUACUUCAGUUUCAUGACGUACUGUCUGAUCUCCAAAACCGAGAAACUCAUGUUCUCCACUUACUUCAUGGACUUGUGGAACCUCUUCCAGCCCAAGCUCUCCGAGCCGGCCAUCGCCACCAACCACAACAAGCAGGCCCUGCUGUCCUUCUGGUACAACGUGUGCGUGGACUGCCCCGAGAACGUGCGCCUUAUCGUCCAGAACCCCGUGGUGACCAAGAACAUUGCCUUCAACUACAUCCUGGCCGACCACGACGACCAGGACGUGGUGCUCUUCAACCGCGGGAUGCUCCCGGCCUACUACGGCAUCCUGCGGCUCUGCUGCGAGCAGUCCCCUGCCUUCACCAGGCAGCUGGCCUCCCACCAGAACAUCCAGUGGGCCUUCAAGAACCUCACCCCGCACGCCAGCCAGUACCCAGGGGCAGUAGAAGAGCUGUUUAACCUCAUGCAACUGUUUGUAGCUCAGAGGCCAGACAUGAGAGAGGAGGAGAUAGAAGACAUAAAGCAAUUUAAGAAAACAACCAUAAGCUGUUACCUGCGCUGCUUGGACGGACGGUCUUGUUGGACGACUCUGAUAAGUGCCUUCAGAAUAUUAUUAGAAUCUGAUGAAGACAGACUUCUUGUUGUGUUCAACAGAGGAUUGAUUCUGAUGACUGAGUCCUUUAACACAUUGCACAUGAUGUACCAUGAGGCCACAGCUUGCCAUGUAACUGGAGACCUGGUAGAGCUUCUGUCCAUUUUCCUUUCGGUUCUGAAGUCAACACGUCCAUAUCUGCAAAGAAAAGAUGUGAAACAAGCUCUCAUCCAGUGGCAGGAGCGGAUUGAAUUUGCCCAUAAGCUCCUGACUCUGCUCAAUUCCUACAGUCCUCCCGAGCUUAGGAAUGCCUGCAUUGAUGUCCUCAAGGAGCUUGUACUUUUAAGUCCUCAUGAUUUCCUACAUACUCUGGUUCCAUUUCUACAGCACAAUCAUUGUACAUACCACCACAGUAAUAUCCCAAUGUCUCUUGGACCUUAUUUUCCAUGUCGUGAAAAUUUGAAAUUAAUAGGGGGGAAAAGCAAUAUUCGUCCUCCGCGUCCCGAACUCAACAUGUGCCUCCUGCCAACCAUGGUGGAAGCCAGCAAGGUACAGUGGUCGCAAGGACACACUGGGUGCAGGCACAGCCCCAGUGGACACAGCUUUUCAGAAAGAAUCCAAUCUCCUGCACAUGGGGCCUAUGUGCACGUAGAUGGGAAUCUGUGUGGGCAACACAUUUCGAAGAAGCUCGGUUACUGUAGGGGCAAAGAUGAUGUUUACGACCGGAUGCUGCUGGACUAUUUCUUCUCCUAUCACCAGUUCAUCCACCUCCUGUGUCGAGUUGCAAUCAACUGUGAAAAGUUUACUGAAACUUUAGUUAAAAUGAGUGUCCUGGUUGCUUACGAAGGUUUGCCACUUCAUCUCGCACUGUUCCCCAAACUCUGGACUGAGCUGUGUCAGACUCAGUCCGCUGUGUCCAAGAACUGUGUGAAGCUGCUCUGUGAAGAUCCAGUUUUUGCAGAAUACAUAAAAUGUAUCCUGAUGGAUGAAAGGACCUUUCUCAACAACAACAUUGUGUACACCUUUCUGACCCAUUUUCUUCUCAAGGUGCAAGGGCAGGUGUUUUCUGAAGCAAACUGUGCCAACUUAAUCAAUACUCUAAUUACAAAUCUAAUAAAUCAGUAUCAAAGCCUAGAAUCUGACUUCAGCAACCAGAGGGUUGAAAUUUCCAAAGCAAGCUCUACUCUAAACGGGGACCUCCGAGCACUCGCCUUGCUGCUUUCAGUGCACACUCCCAAACAGCUCAACUCAGCCCUGAUCCCAACUUUACAAGAGCUUUUAAACAAAUGUAGAGCUUGUCAGCAACAGAGGAACUCAUUACAAGAGCAAGAAGCCAAAGAAAGAAAAACUAAAGACGAUGAAGGAGCGACUCCCGUGAAGCGGCGGCGGGUCAGCAGCGACGAGGAGCACACGGUGGACAGUUGCCUCAGCGACAUCAAAGCUGAGCCCAGGGAGGCUCUGACCCCCACCAGCACUUCGGACAACGAGACACGGGACUCCUCCAUCAUCGAUCCGGGCACGGAGCAGGACCCUCCGUCCCCCGAGAGCAGUUCUGUCAAGGAGUACAGAAUGGAAGGCCCUUCUUCGUUUUCAGAAGACAUAAUGUUGGCCACGCGGGCGCAGCACGCGGAGGAGCAGCCGGGAAACGGGAAAUUCGAGGAGUGCAAAGAGUUCAAAGACCUGCAGGCUCCCAAGGAUUCCAUGGGAGCCGAGGAGGACUCGGAGUUCCCUUCCACGUCGAUCUCCGCGGUUUUAUCCGACCUCGCAGACCUGCGGGGCUGCGACGGCCAAGCCUUACCAGCCCAGGACCCCGACACGAGUUUAGCAAUCAGCUGUGGCCAUUCCAGAGGACUUUUUAGUCACAUGCAGCAGCAGGACAUUUUAGACAUCCUGUGCAGGACCAUUGAGUCUACGAUUCACGUGGUCACACGGAUAUCCGGGAAAGGAAACCAAGCUGCUUCUUGACAUUAGAUGGAGCAUGUCUGCUUUUAAGUAUUUUUUUUUUUUUUUAAAAAUCCUUCUUCUCCCUCCCCCUCCCCUCCAAAAAUGCUGUUUGUAUAAGUUUUGCUUAUUUCUGUUUUGUGCUUCAGUUUGUCCAGUGCUCUCUGCUUGAAUGGCAAGAUAGAUUUAUAUGCUUCAUUCUUGGUCAGGCAGAACUCCAGAUCCUUUUCUUUGUUUUUAAUUUUAUUUUAUUUUGCAUCCUACCGUACACUUUCUUAAAGGGCAAUCAGAUAAUGGCUAUGUUUUAUGUAAUUAAGAGUUCACUGUAGUGGCUUUCAUUUAAUAUGGCUGUCUGGGAGACAGGGCCUCCUGGCCCUGUAUGAUGUAAUUUAAACUUAUGGCAUUUUUACUGUGUAUAAUAUGGUGUCCUCUGUGCCAGUUUUGUACCUUAUAAUCGAGGCAGAUUGCCUCAGAUCGCUGUGGUUCUUAUUAUCAAAAUUAAGUUUACUUGUAUACUAAACAACCACAAGAAAUUUGAUUCUGUAAAGAAUCCUCUUUAGCUGUGGCCUGGCAGUAUAUAUAUGGUGCUUUAUUUAACAGAAUACCUGUGGAGGAAAUAAAGCACACUUGAUGUAAAAUUAAUUGUUUUAUUUUUAUUGACAUGAUCAAUUGCUAUUCUGUGCACUUCAUUAAACUGAUUGUGAUGACUUUUCA